UGUCCCUCCACUGGCUGUGUGUGCCUGUCCCUGGUGGGUACGUACUUCCGAAUGUUAUGUUGCACUGACAUCCCAUCUUCCCCCUCCCCCCUCUCUUGCACCAAAACACGACAACGGGGGGCAGCACAGCACAACAAAGUCGCACAAGCAUCUCCUCAGCAUCCCGUUUAUCCAUACUCCGUACACAAUCCGCCAUCUCAAAGUGCACCCCGACGCGCACAACUUCCCUGGCGCUUGACAUUGACAUCCACGGGUGCUUAGUGCUUGGUGCUUGGCCUUGCCUGGAUCUCCGCUACUCCAUCCCCACACCCUGACUCCCUCCCCUGGGCCCGUUUCGGUACAUUCCAUGACCGUCACCUCCAGCUCCUGCUGCCAUCGAGUAUCCGUACCGCACCGCCGCAUCUCAUCGCCAUCCCGUCCCGUCGUCGAUACCUGACCCUUUCUGUCUCUCGCUCGCCUUGUCUUGCCUCACCGUCUGCUGCAACCUGGCACCUUUCAACCUCGUCUCUUCGCCAAACCCACCCACCAAAUCGAGGGCUUCCUGUUGUCGUCGUCAAGCCUCAGCCCGGCCCUUGCAACUCGGCCACGACGAAGUAGUCGCCUGUUGAUACUACACACUGCCGGUACGUUCGUCUGGCCCAUUCCCAUUGCUCAGCUCGAGGUGGGCAACCCCUGCUUCAACUCGUCGUCCAAUCCCCUCUCUUGUUCCCGCACCGCACCGUCUCAAGGUCCCGUACCGUCCACACCACGCUCCUGUCCCUCCUCUCUUCCUCUCGACUUGCGUGUGUGGAGAGGCUAGGUGAGACAUCUUUGCCUGAACACUCAUUCCCUCUCUUCCACCUCACCCGUCCACCUCCACGAGUUGCGUCGACGUCGCCAAUCCUAAUCAGUGACAGACAUCAUCUCGUAUAGUCGCCGCCCUUUGCUACCCCAUCGAUCGCCGCGCCGCCGCCCUGGCAAGCGCUCCAUGAAGCCAUCAUCGGGCUUGUACUGAAACCUGCCGCCCUCUCCUCGACCUUCUUUUGGGACUCGGCGCCGACUGUCACUUGUCCUCGCUCAUCGGCAAGCCGGUAAACAUCAGCAUCGUCAUCUUUCCCGCCCCUUGCUCGACACGGAGCCUCCCGUCCCGCACCCUCGAAUCUCCACGCUGGAUUCCUCAACACUGUCCGCGGGGUCACCGGCCCAGUUCCACGACGCAGUCGACACCAUGGACCACGAUCACUUGGCUGCCCAGCCUCACCCCGACGACACCAUCGGUGCCUUCGAUGUCUCUCCCCAGGUGGCCCAGAACAACGGCUACGACCACCCAGAGCCCCAGCGUCACCAGUCAAGUCAGUCCCUCGACCAUGGCCUCCCACAAUCCCCGCGACCCGAAGAGCAGCACUCGGAUCGCUACAACACACCACCACUUCCCGUGAACGCCCCGUCCAUCUCAAGGCCUGCGUCUGGACUCUCCGGCGCCGGCGCGCAACAAGGCUACGCCGACCAUGCGUCGCGCAGCAGCGCCGGUGCGGAAGCCGCCGCCAGCAACGGUCGCAACCACGUCGUCAUCAAGGUCGGCAUGGUGGGCGAUGCGCAAAUCGGCAAGACCAGUCUCAUGGUCAAGUACGUGGAAGGAAGCUGGGACGAGGACUACAUCCAGACGCUAGGCGUCAACUUUAUGGAGAAGACCAUUUCCAUCCGGAAUACGGAAAUCACCUUUUCCAUUUGGGAUUUGGGCGGCCAGCGCGAGUUUGUCAACAUGCUGCCGCUGGUCUGCAACGACGCCGUCGCCAUUCUCUUCAUGUUCGAUCUGACACGGAAGAGCACCCUCAACAGCAUCAAGGAGUGGUACAGGCAAGGCAGGGGCUUCAACAAGACGGCCAUCCCCAUCUUGGUCGGCACCAAGUAUGACCACUUUGUCAACUUUCCGCGAGAGGACCAAGAAGAGAUCUCGAACCAGGCUCGCCGGUUCGCCAAGGCAAUGCGCGCUGCGUUGAUCUUCUCUAGCACGAGCCAUAGUAUCAACGUGCAAAAGAUCUUCAAGAUUGUGCUGUCCAAGGCCUUCGACCUCAAGUGCACCAUUCCCGAAAUCGAAAACGUCGGAGAGCCGCUACUCCUGUAUCAGUCCUGCUGAUCGCCGUCAGCGGUCUGAUGUGGCCUCGCGCCAACUACAAUCGUCUCGGCCGCCCAUAACGAAUGGAUCAUGACCCAUUACGUCCUUACGACCUUCGAUAUCCAGGCUGGCAUCCAUCAGCCGAGCUACAAAAAGUCAUCUCAGGCGACAACACUGCCAAAUUCGAGUGACUAUACAGAGCACCCCCCACGGCUCUCCCUGGCAUAAUCAGCCCCUUAAAACAAACCGACUCGCUUCUUUCUUUUGUUACCAACAUGGCCUCCAUGGCCCGAUCACAGCGCUUUUCAGUGUCACCAGUCUGGUUAAUCGCGCACACAUCACACACAACCACAUUCCUCACUCUCUGAUUGCAAUCGGCGUUGCAUAUCUCUUCAACCUUUACUUCUCAAGAUUGGUAGGGACACGGCGGAUUGGCUGGAGGGCGGGAUGAGAUGCAUUUUAGGACUACGGUUUGGCGGUGGGCCUCGCUCGCUUGAUCGAUCCCUUCUCACCACGAAAAGGGGGAUGGAGUGCUGAGACAGAGCAGUGCCCACCGUCUUGUUUCCAGGCGUAACGGCCGCUGCGAAACUGUUCCGGAGAGGAAAUCUUGGGCAGCAAAACUUGCUUUUUUUCCAUCACAGAAUUUUUUUUUGUCGAAUUCUUGACACUACUCAACCAAACACACCCACACAGUUGUUGUUUUCCCAUCUGGGAUGGUCUCUGGGGAUGGACUGACCUGAUACAAGAAAGAAAGAGACCACACCAUGUAACAAGUAAUUCCACCCACGCGUGCUUUUUACUUUAAGAGCCCCUUUUUUUCCUCUCUCUACCAUACGGACUAUUUCCUCUUGGGGGAGACUGGGGCAAAGCGGCAUUCCAAAUAGGUGAAGGAGAUGGGG